AGCAUCAGAUACCUACUGGAGGGCUCAGCAGAUUUCCAUGAGCUUCAGGAGGGCAGCACAGCAGACAUCCUGGACGCCCGUAUAGGAGGUGAGAUCAUGGAGAUGGUCCUGGUUAAAUACCAGGGUCGSAACUGGUCCGGCCGUAUCCGUAUCGCCCAGGACAUGCAGGAGUUCUUCCCUGUGUGUUUCGCCUGCSACUCGYCGGAGAAGCUGACCGRGGACCUGAGCGUGCACGUGACGCGGCAGCGUGGACGACUGGCGCUGGCGGUCUUUAGCCCCUACUGGGUCGUCAAUAAGACGUCCAGGGUUCUYCAGUACCGAGCGGAGGACGUCUCCGUCAAACACGCUGCGGACUUCAGGGACGUCGUCCUCUUCUCCUUCAGGAAGAAGAACAUCUUCAGCAAGAACAAG